AUGGGGGAGAAAGUUUCGGAGGCGGCGGAGCCGGUGCCUCGCGGCUGCAGCGGCCACGGCCCCGGAACUCCCGCCCCUGCGGUGGUCGCCGCGUCCUCGCCCGGCGCUUCCUCGGCCGAGUCCUCCUCGGGCUCAGAAACUCUGUCGGAGGAAGGGGAGCCCGGCGGCUUCUCCCGCGAGCAGCAGCCGCGGCUGCCGCCGCCGCGGGGCGGCGCCGGAGGCGCCCGGCCGCCCGUCGCUUGGGCUCCCGCGCGCGUGGUGCUUGAGCUUGGAGUCUGUGCGCCGCCGCCGCAGCUCUCCGGAGGAACCGCGCCACUCGUGCCCCGGGGCAGCAGCGCGUCCCAGGAGGAGCAGGAUGAGGAGCUUGACCACAUACUCUCCCCGCCACCCAUGCCGUUUCGGAAGUGCAGCAACCCAGAUGUGACUUCUGGCCCUGCAAAGUCACUGAGGUUUAAAAGACAGCUGAGUGAGGAUGGUCGAGAGCUGCGGCGGGGCAGCCUGGGAGGGGCUCUGACAGGGAGAUACCUGCUUCCAAACCCUGUGGCAGGGCAGGCCUGGCCAGCCUCCACGGAGACAUCCAACCUCGUGCGCAUGCGCAGCCAGGCCCUGGGCCAGUCGGCACCCUCGCUCACUGCCAGCCUGAAGGAGCUGAGUCUCCCCAGAAGAGGAAGUUUUUGCCGAACAAGCAACCGGAAAAGCUUGAUAGGCAAUGGACAGUCACCAGCAUUGCCUCGACCACACUCACCUCUCUCUGCUCAUGCAGGAAAUAGCCCUCAAGAUAGUCCAAGAAAUUUCUCCCCCAGUGCCUCAGCCCAUUUCUCAUUUGCACGGAGGACUGAUGGACGCCGCUGGUCCUUGGCUUCUCUCCCCUCCUCUGGCUAUGGGACAAAUACGCCCAGCUCCACAGUCUCUUCCUCCUCUUCCUCCCAGGAGAAGCUGCAUCAGUUACCGUACCAACCAACACCAGAUGAAUUGCACUUCCUGUCGAAACAUUUUUGUACUACCGAAAGCAUCGCCGCGGAAAACAGAUGCAGGAACACACCCAUGCGCCCCCGCUCCCGAAGUCUGAGUCCUGGACGUUCUCCCGCCUGCUGUGACCAUGAAAUAAUUAUGAUGAACCAUGUCUACAAAGAAAGGUUCCCAAAGGCUACGGCUCAGAUGGAAGAACGUCUGAAGGAAAUUAUCACCAGCUACUCCCCUGACCACGUUCUUCCUCUAGCAGAUGGAGUGCUUAGUUUCACUCACCAUCAGAUUAUUGAACUGGCUCGAGAUUGCUUGGAUAAAUCCCACCAGGGUCUCAUCACCUCACGAUACUUCCUUGAAUUACAGCACAAAUUAGAUAAAUUGCUACAAGAGGCUCAUGAUCGUUCAGAAAGUGGAGAAUUGGCAUUUAUUAAACAACUAGUUCGAAAGAUCCUAAUUGUUAUUGCCCGCCCAGCUCGGUUAUUGGAGUGCCUGGAAUUUGAUCCUGAAGAAUUUUACUACCUAUUGGAAGCAGCAGAAGGCCAUGCAAAAGAAGGACAGGGUAUUAAAACUGACAUUCCCAGGUACAUCAUUAGCCAGCUGGGGCUCAAUAAGGAUCCUUUGGAAGAAAUGGCUCAGUUGGGAAACUAUGAUAGUGGGACAGCAGAAACACCAGAAACAGAUGAAUCAGUGAGUAGCUCUAAUGCUUCCCUGAAACUUCAAAGGAAACCUCGGGAAAGUGAUUUUGAAACGAUUAAAUUGAUUAGCAAUGGAGCCUAUGGGGCAGUCUACUUUGUUCGGCAUAAGGAAUCCCGGCAGAGGUUUGCUAUGAAAAAGAUUAAUAAACAGAACCUCAUCCUCCGCAAUCAGAUCCAGCAGGCCUUCGUGGAACGGGAUAUCCUGACUUUUGCAGAGAACCCCUUUGUCGUCAGCAUGUAUUGCUCCUUUGAAACAAGGCGCCACUUAUGCAUGGUCAUGGAAUACGUGGAAGGGGGUGACUGUGCUACAUUAAUGAAGAACAUGGGGCCUCUCCCUGUUGAUAUGGCCAGGAUGUACUUUGCCGAGACGGUGCUGGCCUUGGAAUAUCUACAUAAUUAUGGAAUUGUACACAGGGACUUGAAACCAGACAAUUUGUUGGUCACCUCCAUGGGGCACAUAAAGCUGACAGAUUUUGGAUUAUCCAAGGUGGGACUAAUGAGCAUGACUACCAAUCUCUAUGAGGGUCAUAUCGAGAAGGAUGCUCGAGAGUUCCUGGACAAACAGGUCUGUGGCACACCUGAAUACAUUGCACCAGAAGUGAUUCUGAGGCAGGGCUAUGGGAAGCCGGUGGACUGGUGGGCCAUGGGGAUUAUCCUCUAUGAAUUUCUUGUUGGAUGCGUGCCAUUCUUUGGGGAUACUCCAGAAGAGCUAUUUGGACAAGUCAUCAGUGAUGAGAUCAACUGGCCGGAAAAGGAUGAGGCACCACCCCCUGACGCCCAGGAUCUGAUUACCUUGCUUCUUAGGCAGAAUCCCCUGGAGAGACUGGGAACAGGUGGUGCCUACGAAGUCAAACAGCAUCGAUUCUUCCGUUCUUUAGACUGGAACAGUUUGCUGAGACAGAAGGCAGAAUUUAUUCCCCAACUGGAAUCCGAGGAUGACACAAGUUAUUUUGAUACUCGAUCAGAGAAGUAUCAUCACAUGGAGACGGAGGAGGAAGAUGACACGAACGACGAAGACUUUAAUGUGGAAAUAAGGCAGUUUUCCUCCUGUUCACACAGGUUUUCCAAAGUUUUCAGCAGCAUAGACCGAAUAACUCAGAAUUCCGGAGAAGAGAAGGAAGACCCCGGAGACAAAACGAAAAGCACAGCAUUGCCGUCCACAGAAACAUUCAGCUGGAGUUCGGAAUAUUCUGAAAUGCAACAGUUAUCCACAUCCAACUCUUCAGAUACUGAAAGCAACAGACAUAAACUCAGUUCUGGCCCACUUCCCAAACUGGCUAUUUCAACAGAGGCAGAGAAAGAUGAGGCUGCCCCCUGCCCCAGAGACCUGCCGGAGGAGCCAGAAAAGCCAGCCCUUCCUCCUGCAGAGAGUGCUCAGGAGGAGCCCGAGGUCACCACGCCCGCCAGUACCAUCAGCAGCUCCACACUGUCGGUUGGCAGUUUUUCAGAGCACUUGGAUCAGAUAAAUGGACGAAGCGAGUGUGUGGACAGUACAGAUAAUUCCUCAAAGCCCUCCAGUGAACCCGCUUCUCACAUGGCCCGGCAGCGAUUAGAAAGCACAGAAAAAAAGAAAAUCUCGGGGAAGGUCACAAAGUCCCUUUCUGCCAGUGCUCUGUCCCUCAUGAUCCCAGGAGAUAUGUUUGCUGUUUCUCCACUGGGAAGUCCAAUGUCCCCCCAUUCCCUGUCCUCAGACCCUUCUUCUUCACGAGAUUCCUCUCCCAGCCGAGAUUCUUCAGCAGCUUCCGCCAGUCCACAUCAGCCCAUCGUGAUCCACAGUUCCGGGAAGAACUAUGGUUUUACCAUCCGAGCCAUCCGGGUGUAUGUGGGAGACAGUGACAUCUAUACGGUGCACCAUAUUGUUUGGAAUGUAGAAGAAGGAAGUCCAGCAUGCCAGGCAGGACUGAAGGCUGGGGAUCUGAUCACACACAUCAAUGGAGAACCGGUGCAUGGACUUGUCCACACGGAAGUUAUAGAGCUCUUGCUAAAGAGUGGAAAUAAGGUGUCAAUCACUACUACCCCAUUUGAAAACACAUCAAUCAAAACGGGACCAGCGAGGAGAAACAGCUAUAAGAGCCGGAUGGUGAGGCGGAGCAAGAAAUCUAAGAAGAAAGAAAGUCUAGAAAGGAGAAGAUCCCUUUUCAAAAAACUAGCCAAGCAGCCUUCUCCUUUGCUCCACACCAGCCGAAGCUUCUCCUGCUUGAACCGGUCCCUAUCAUCAGGGGAGAGCCUCCCGGGUUCCCCCACUCACAGCUUGUCUCCCCGGUCCCCCACGCCCAGCUAUCGCUCCACCCCCGACUUCCCAUCCGGUACUAAUUCCUCUCAGAGCAGCUCCCCAAGCUCUAGCGCCCCCAAUUCCCCAGCGGGGUCAGGACACAUCCGGCCCAGCACCCUCCAUGGUCUGGCCCCCAAACUCAGCGGACAGCGCUACCGGUCCGGAAGGCGGAAGUCGGCUGGCAGCAUCCCCCUCUCCCCACUGGCCCGGACCCCCUCUCCAACGCCACAGCCCACCUCCCCCCAGCGGUCACCAUCCCCUCUGUUGGGACAUUCACUUGGCAAUUCCAAGAUCACUCAGGCCUUUCCCAGCAAAAUGCACUCCCCUCCCACCAUCGUCAGACAUAUUGUGAGGCCCAAGAGCGCAGAGCCCCCGAGGUCCCCGCUGCUCAAGCGCGUGCAGUCAGAGGAGAAGCUCUCCCCCUCCUAUGGAAGUGACAAAAAGCACCUGUGUUCCCGCAAGCACAGCCUGGAGGUGACCCAGGAGGAAGCGCAGCAGGAGCAGCCUCAGCGGGAAGUGACCUUGCAGAGCCUGGAGGAGAGCGUGUGUGAGGCGCCUUCACUCAGCCGCGCCAGGCCUGUGGAGCAAGGCUGCCUGAAGCGCCCUGUCUCCCGGAAGCUGGGGAGACAGGAGUCUGUGGACGAGCUGGACCGAGAGAAGCUGAAGGCCAAGGUGGUAGUGAAGAAACCAGAGGGCUUCCCAGAGAAACAGGAACCCCACCAGAAAUCCCAUGGACUUGGUAGUGAUUUAGAGAACCUCUCAACUUUUAGGCUAGAAGAAAGAGAGAAGAAGAUAUACCCAAAGGCUUUAGAAAGGUCAAAUCAUUUUGAAAACAAAGUGGCCUUGCAGGAGACCCAGUCCCUGGGCAGUCUCCUGAAAGGGGCUCUUCACAAGCAGGCGAGCGUUCGGGCCAGCGAGGGGGCGACCUCGGAAGGGGCAGCGACGGGCCAAGUCCUGGCACCUGGGGAGCACAGCCAGGGCAUCUGUGACUUCAAGCGCACCUCUGCUCCCGGCACCCUCCAGGACACUCUCUGUCACUCCACGGACAGGUGCAGCUCCGCAAAGGGGGACAACCUGGAGAAGGCCCCCCAGGCCAAGGAGUGUCUCCGAUGUGAGAAAUUAGACAGCAAACUGGCCAACAUCGAUUACCUCCGAAAGAAAAUGUCACUUGAAGACAAAGACAACAGCCUGUGCCCUGUGCUCAAGCCCAAGAUGACCUCUAGUGUCCACGAGAGCCUGCCCGGGAACCCAGUGCGGGCAAUGGGUGCACAGCAGGAGGCCCUGCCGGCCUCUGAGAGCCGAGCGUUCAGCAGCAGUGCCCACCCCGCACAGAUCAGUGCUGUUUCUUUUGUCCCUCUCAAGGCCCUAGCCGGCCGGGUGGAUGGUGGAGUGGAGAAGCCGGGCUUGGUUGCUCCCGAGUCACCUGUCCGCAAAAGCCCCUCUGAGUAUAAACUGGAAGGUAGGUCUGUGUCCUGCCUGAAGCCAAUUGAGGGCACUUUGGAUAUUGCUCUCCUGUCUGGACCUCAGGCCUCCAAGACCGAGCUGCCUUCCCCGGAGCCCGCACAGAGCCCCAGCCCCGCCAGUGAGGUGGGGCCCUCUAUGCCACUGGCUCUCCCCAGCAGCGGGGGCAUGAAGGGUGACACGGCGGGUCAGAGGGAGCCUUCGCCUGCCGGCUUCAGGAUGAGUAAGUCCUACCUGCUGGAGUCCCGGUUCCCGCCCUGCAGCCGGGGUCUCCAGAAUUCACCAGCAGCUCCCUUGCCUGAGCCGGAGCUAAAGCGGGACAGGAAAGCUUCCCAUGCUGCCCGGAGCCCCAUGACAGCCAUGGAAAGCGAUCCCCAGCAGAGAGAGGGGGGCCCCAGCAAACACCAAGACCACAACCCCGACACUAAACUCCUCCCCUACCUGGGGCCAAACCCCCACAGUGCCGACCCGUCCAGGUCACGCAGCCUGCUGCCACCCGAAGGCGCCCCCUCGAGGGAGAAGCUGAGCGGGAGGGAAUCGUCUGAAAGGGGCCCUUCCGCAGCCAGAGGCCAGCGGUCGGCUACGGGGCCUGACUCCCGCAGAGACCCCUCCGUGGAGGUGUGUCCUCCAGGAGCUGCUAAAACCAGUGACGGUUCCAGAAACGCCCCCUCUGGGGGAAGGCCCCGCCCCGACGGCUACACACAGCCCCACCCCACCCCCACGGAGAAAGCAUGGGGCCCCUGUGGGAAAACAAGCCACAGAGACGGCCGGGUUGAGGUGAGGCCGCUGGCGAGGGAGGACUCUUCUUCUUCGCCGUCCGCAGGGACUCCUUCCGAGAGGGAGCCGGGCAGAGGAAGAGGUGGUACAGAACCCCCGCCCGAAGCCCCUCCUGCCCGCAGGUCCCUGCAGCCCCCCGGCACUGAGAAGGGGAAAGGAUACCAGCUCUCUGGUUGCCCAGCGUGGCAGAAAGACAGUUCCCAGGAGCCGGAGAGGAAAGAAGAGCUUCUACAGAAGCACGUGGGCAGUAGCUCCCAGCCCGCCCCAGUCACCAAAGAACUGCCGGGCCUGGCUGCUCGGCCGAGCCACUCCUCCGGCAGGGAGCCGGGGGGCAGGCCCGGUGCUGCAGAGCCCGGCCCGGGCCUCCAUGGCGCCCCCAAGCCGACCGCAGCGCACAGUGAAAGCGGCGGCCACAAGCCCAGGCCUGGCCCUGACCCGAGCCCUCCGCAGUCUAAGCACCCGGACAGGGCCCCCUCCUCCCAGAAGCCGGGCGGUGGGCCUGCCGCGGGCAAAGAGCCUGGGGCUCAGCCCCCUGGGGGCCCGGGCCGAGAGGGGAAGGGCGGCAGCCAGGGUGUGUUGGAUGCGCUCCCCGCCCUGCCAGGCUCCCAGAACACAGCCACUGAUGCGAUGAGCCAGGGGGGAGGUGGACCCUCAGCUCCACUGCACAGCGAAGGGGGUCUUGCCGACCCCAAGCUGAAACCCGCCAGUGGCGGGCGUCCCCCGGAGGUGCUGGAGAAGCCCGCGCGGCCGCCCUGGCAAGGCCACCCCGGAGCUGAGGCGUGGGUAGACCGGCAACCCGCCACUGCCAGUGAAAAGCAAAACCCGUCUCCAAAGCACCCCAAACCAUCCACUGUGAAAGAUUGCCCACCUCUGUGCAGACCGACAGACAAGAGUGGAAGUUCGCAGGCCGCGGCCACCGCCGACAGGAGGUCUGAGGGCAGGAAAUGCACCGAAGCACUUUGUGUCGCAGCAGACAGCGGGAAGCCCGAGGCCAGCCUUCCCCUGGCGCCCGGCGAGGCCAGGCCCAAGGGCACGGAGAGGCCGGCCGCUGCCGUGGGGAAGGGCUUGCCGGAGGCCAAGGGGAGAGGGCUGAGUCCCCAGAAGCCUCCGACUGAGGCAGGCAAGCCCGGUGGUGGCAUGAGCCGGUCACCCUCGGCCACCGGGCAGAGCUCUCUGCGACCCGCUGCCCUCCCGGAGAAGCCUCUGAGCCACUCCUCCAGCUUUCCCGAAGCCAGACCCGGGGCGCGAGAGGCCGCUGCGAGUGGCAGUGACGCGUCUACCGCCAAGGCCCUGCCUGGCGGGGAUGGCCGAACCCCCAUAACCAAGAGUGACUCCUUGCCAUCCUUUCGGAGCCCCACCGUCACUCUGGAAUUGCACCACCCCGGCCCCAGUGUGGUGGGGGGCGCCGGCCACCGGGAAAGGGCCCUGUCAGGAACUGCCACCGUGGGAGAAACCAAAGGGAGAGAGCCCGCCCCGGCGCAGCCCCCUCAGACUCGGAAGCAGAUCACGGGCAGAGAAGUCACCAAGGCGUCCCCAGCUCCAAACCCUGAGCGGCCCAUCGCCCUUUCUUCUGAGAAGGACUUUGUGGUCCGGCAGAGGCGGGGGAAAGAGAGUGUGCGUAGCAGCCCUCACAAAAAGGCCCCGUAA